AUGCCAGGUUGUGGUCCAGUGUGUGCCAUCCCCUCCUGUGCUUCUGAAACCACCGUUGGAUUUGGAUCAAGAGGUCUGGGAGGCUAUGGAAAUCAGGGCUAUGGUGGCUUCGGUUAUGGCGGUUUCGGUGGUUUGGGAUUAGGAGGUGGUGAGCUGGUAGAAUCAGCUAGCCAUCUUGGCAUCCUGAAUGGAAUCAUUCCUUCCUGCAUCAACCAGGUCCCUUCAUCAGAGAUUGUGAUCCAGCCCCCUGCUGUUAAUGUCACUAUCCCAGGGCCCAUCCUCUCUGCAACCUGUGAGCCUGUUGCUGUGGGAGGCAAUGCUCCAUGCGCCGUUAGCGGCAUUGGCCUGGCAGGAGGCUUGGGCCAUCGUGGCUUUGGCUAUGGCAUUGGCAACCAGGGCUUUGGGCUCUUGGGGCGUAGAAAUCUUGGAUAUGGGCGCCGUGGUAGCAUUUGUACCUAG